AUGUCCGGUGUUGCACUUUCUUCAUUUCUAAACUUGUCUUCAUUGUUACAACGUUUGAGUGUCGAAGAACGUCUGUUGCAUGGGGAGUUCCCGAUUGAAAUUUUUCGGCUUCUGAAUGUCAAACGUAUAGGGUUAGGUGGUAACGAUGCCCUUAGAGGUUAUCUCCCUAAGAUAAACUGGAGUAGUGGCCUUGAGUGGUUGGACCUUUGCCGUUGUGGUUUUAGAGGGUCAAUUCUAGCAUCAUUUGGGAACCUCACUCAACUCAUUUCCUUAGAUUUGUCUAAAAAUGAGCUUAGAGGACGGAUUCCGGAUGUUUUUCAAAACCUUAGCAAGUUAACAUCUUUGAGAUUGUUUUCCUGUAACUUGAGUGGUCCAGUCCCUGAAUCUAUUUUCGGUAUGGUGCGCCUUAUGGAACUUCUAUUGUCAUCAAACAACUUGAGUGGUAUCAUCAGGUCUGGUAAGCUUUCGAAACUCUCGAGUCUUGAAGUUAUUGAUCUUUCCCAUAAUAGUUUAUUAUCAUUGAGCACAAGCGGCAAUGAUGCGAACCAUUUCUUCCCUCGGCUGCAGGCCGUGUUGUUCUCUUCUUGUAGCGUAAGGCAGUUCCCGAAUUUCUUCCGGAAGUUGGAGUAUUUAGAUCUUUCCAAUAACAUGAUAUCUGGUGGAAUUUCAAAAUGGGAGGCUCAAGGGUGGGAAGAUCUGACUGCGUUGAACCUUUCUCUCAACUUUCUGACCACUUUGGAGCAGUUUCUGGGACAACAAUUGGCGAUACUCGACCUUCUUUCGAACAUGCUUCAAUGCCAGAUUCUCUCAACUUGCUUGAUUCUUCGAACUCCGAAUCCACAUUUGUUCAAUGAUUUCUUAAUCUCAGGGAAUAAUUUGACAGGAAAUAUCCCUUCUUCCAUCUGCAAUUGGAGUGAACUCACAGUUCUCGACCUGUCCAGGAACAACUUGAGUGGAACUAUACCCGAAUGUAUCCGGAACUUCAGCUACUUGCUUGCGUUUGUCGAUUUGAAGAUGAACAACUUCUACGGGAACAAUAACUUAGCUGAUAAGUUUCCCCAUUGGUUAGCUUCACUCCCAAGUCAAGUUCUUAUAUUGAGAUCUAAUAUUUCAUCGUUGACUCAUCCCAUAGCUUAUACACUUCUCCGCAUUGCGAAUGAUCUAUCUCCGGAAACGAGCUCACAGGCACCUUGCCCUCGAAACUCUUCCGAAAUUUGA